UGGGCACGAGUUAGACUCAGAGACACCCGACUAGAAAGAGAGAGCAGCAGAGUGUGAAAGAGUUAAGGACGGUCACGACUUAUUAAUGAGUAACACGCACAUGUUUGUUUCCGAUUUCCUGCUUUAGCUCACAUUUAAAAGCCGGCAAAGAGUGGACCGAAACGCACAAGCAAGCGAACCGGAGAGCGAAGAGUGAAGUUUUGGCACCUGGACUUCUGCAGCAGACAGACCAUCAACAUGACUCGUUCCUUGAGAGAGGUGGUGAAGGAGUAUAUAUCAGAGCGGAGAGUUCGCAAAUACCGCCUGGUGACCAAAGACGGCCGAUGCAACAUCGAGUUCGGCAACGUCAUGCACCGAAACCGCUUCGCCUACGUCCUCGACAUAUGGACCACCUUCGUGGAGACCCGAUGGCGCUUCGUCAUCUUGCACUUCGUGGCGUCCUUCACCCUCAGCUGGUUCAUCUUCGGCCUCCUCUGGUACUGGAUCGCCAGAAACAACGGCGACCUAAAGUGGCAGAAUCCUCCCGCGAACCACACGGCGUGCGCCUACAGCGUCAACACACUGACGUACGCCUUCCUCUUCUCGCUGGAGACCCAAUCCACCAUCGGCUACGGAAACUUGUACGUCACCGACGUCUGUCCCGGAGCCGUGGCUCUGAUCAUAAUCCAGAGUCUCAUCGGCACCAUAAUCAACUGCUUCUGGUGCGGCGUGGUGAUGGCAAAAAUCGCUCUUCCCAAGAAGAGAGCCAAGACCAUAACCUUCACCGACCAGGCGGUCAUCUGUCCCAAAAAGGGCACCCUUUGCCUUCAGAUCCGCGUGGCCAACCUGCGCAAGACCUUGAUGAUCGGUAGCCAGAUUUACGGCAAGCUCCUGAGGACCACGGUCACUCAAGAAGGUGAGACCGUCAUCUUGGACCAGGUCAGCAUUGACUUCAUGGUGGAAUCCGGCAAGGACAGUCUGUUUUUUGUGUGCCCUUUGACCCUGUACCACGUCAUCGACAAAACCAGCCCGUUCUUCGAGAUGGCGGUGGACACCCUGCAUCAGCAGGAGUUUGAGCUCGUGGUGUUUCUCGACGGCACGGCCGAGUCCACCAGCUCCUCCUGCCAGGUCAGGACUUCUUACAUUCCUCAGGAGAUCAUUUGGGGCUACGACUUUCUCCCGAUCAUCUCCCGCAGCAAGGAGGGAAAAUACCGAGUGGACUUCUCCAAUUUCGCCAAGGUGGUACCUGUGCCAACGGCUCAUUGCACCUACUGCUAUCACAACGAGGCCGGACACCAUCACCACUCCAUCAGCGGCAUCGACAACCAGGGCUUUGAGGUGAUUGACAUCGAGACGCCUAACGUCACCAAGAUGUAAAGCUUUUUGACUUACAUGUACUGAGCGAUGUUCGCUGUCUUGCACUACGCAAACGAAUGCUCUUUGUCUCUCAAAGCGAGCACAAGAGGCAAGACGAGAGUUUUAUUCCCUAUCUACCCACUAAAAAACGAAUUGCAGUGUCACUUUUUUUAUUUCAGGUAGUUAUUAUUUUUAAGAGCAGCUAGUGUUGCUUUGUUCUGACAAUAUCAAAAAUAUAAAGGCGUAAAUUGUACUUGAAGUGAAACUAGAAGUAUCUUCUGUUACAGGGUCAUUGAGAGCGAGAGUAUUAACUGAAAGUUCAUUAUAUGAGAUUCAUGAGAUUACGAUUGUCUGUGUAUAAAAAAGUCUAAGAUGUACUGAUUUCAGAUUCCAGUGAACCAGCAGAUGCUUUUACGCUCUGAAUCGCUCUGGGGUUGUGUAUUUCUUUGUAAAUGAAUAGAUAUUGUUAAUAUUUCGUUAUUGUGUAGGUAAUUUUUUUGUAUCAUUUUGUAAAUAUCCUUUUUUUAUAAAUAAAAAAAGAAGAAUUGCAA